AUGCAGCUAUGGACUAUUCCACGCAUAUGGUGUUCCUCGUAUUGUGUGCCCGUGGAAUGCAUAGCGGUAAAUAUUCAAAGGAUAGAAGUUCCACCACUUGUAGAAGUAGGCACCGAGGCGGUUAUUCUUGACUGCCAGUACAAGACCAACAACUCUUCGCCGCCGGGUCUGGUGAUGAAGUGGUUCUUCAACGGAUCUUCUGGGCUGGUCUAUCAAUGGAUACCUCCUUUACGACCACAAGUUAUUGGUCUGCUGAAAGGCAAAGUGGAUUUGGAUUUCAGAAUUUCCGGGGAGCCCCUACAAGCUUACCGCGCUAUCAAGAUAUUGAAACCAACCACAGAUCUUAGCGGAAACUACACUUGCGUAGUAUCUUCUUUCAUAGAAGAGGAUCGACAGACAAGACCUAUGCUUGUGUAUAGUCCAGGUAAAAACUUUCAUUUUGUUCAAGAGAAGAAAUAUGUUUUUCUGGUUACUCUUAUUUGCGCUGCAGAAGAUCUGUACCCAAAACCGGAAAUAAGCAUAUCCGCACAGGGAAAUCCCUUAAAGCAAGCCGUGUCCGAAAUGAAAAUGAAUUCAUGGGGAUUAUACGCUGUGGCAAUGAAAGCCGUUGUACACGACGAUGACGUUACUACCCCUUAUGAAAAAUUUACAUGCACUCUGAGUCUACCAUCGGCGAACUUUACGACAAAUCGAACUACAAUCUACUAUCCUGGGUUAAUGCCGACUGCAUAUAUAGCAGCCUACGAAGUUGAGAAGACACACGAACGACAUUCUAAUGGAAACCUUCCUCUAUCAAGAAAACUCACCGUACAGCUUCUCUCCGUGCUCAUAUCAACGAGAUUUGUUAUAUAA